UAUGUACGUUGGUUUCUCAGCUUCAACAGGCCAUGUGCUUUCUAGCUCUCAUUAUAUUUUAGGGUGGAACUUUAAGAUCAAUGGACAAGCUCAGGCUCUUGAUUUAUCGUCUUUGCCUUCACUCCCCGGACCACCAAAUAAAGAUAGAACGUUAACAGUUGGUGUAUCGGUUUCAUCUGCUGUUGUCAUAAUUGCUCUUUCCAUUGCAAUUUAUGUCAUUAUCAAAAUCAAGAAUGCAGAAGUAGUUGAAGAUUGGGUGCUGGAGAUUGGCCCACAAAGAUACUCUUACCGAGAACUCAAGCAAGCAACCAACAAUUUUAGCGACAAAACUUUACUUGGACGGGGUGGUUUCGGUAGAGUUUACAAAGGAACACUUGGAAAUUCAAACACUCAAGUUGCUGUCAAGCGAGUUUCCCAUGAUUCAAAGCAAGGUUUACGUGAAUUUGUUUCGGAAAUUUCUAGUAUCGGAAGGCUUCGACAUCGGAAUUUGGUUCAGCUAUUGGGAUGGUGCUGGAGAAGACUCGACCUUCUUCUUGUUUACGAUUUCAUGGCUAAUGGCAGUUUAGAUAAGUUUUUGUUUGAUGACCCUAAAACUACCUUGAAUUGGGACCAGAGAUUUAGGAUCAUAAAGGGUGUGGCUUCUGGUCAUCUCUAUUUAUACGAAGGAUAUGAACAAAUUGCGAUUCAUAGGGAUGUUAAGGCCAGUAAUGUAUUAUUAGAUGAUGAGCUGAAUGCAUGGUUAGGAGAUUUCGGCCUUGCAAGAUUGUAUGAACAUGGUUCAAAUCCAGGGACAAGUCAAAUUGUAGGGACAAUGGGAUAUAUAGCACCGGAGCUUCCCAAGACUGGAAAGGCCACAACAAGCUCCGAUGUCUAUGCUUUUGGUACACUCUUGCUCGAGGUUGCUUGUGGGCGCAGGCCUAUUGAUCUCAACGCAUUGUCCGAGGAAUUAGUGUUGGUUGAUUGGGUAUGGGAGAAGUUUAGGCAAGGGAGGGUCCUUGAUGUGGUAGACACUAGGCUCAAUGGCCAAUAUGAUGAAGGUGAGAUGUUGAUGGUGCUUAAGUUAGGCCUAAUUUGUUCAAAUGACGUGCCUGCGGCACGGCCAAACAUGAGGCAGUUAGUAAGGUAUCUUGAUGGAGAGGUUGACUUACCAGAAAAUUUGAUGCCACCGGCUGCAUCUGACGGGGGCGCAGAGGGAUUUGACGCUUCUGUGCAUUCAUUCUCAUCCGCAUCCUCAUCACUGGAUAAAAAGAGUUCAUACCCAUUCUUGGACAAGGUAAGUUUUUGUUACCCUAGGAGGAUGCAGAUGGUGGUGGUGGUAGUGGUGACAUUUUUUUCGACCAGAGCAAAGUAG